AUGAAAUUAGAAAAAUGUUUUCUUGCAAUCGUUAUUCGAUUUAAUCAAAAUUUUAAAGUGAAUGAAAGGUUUGGAUUUAUUAACAAAAAGUGUUAUGAUGUUCUGUUGAUGAUAAAAGUUAAUCCUUUAAAGAUUUCUCAAGAUAUUUCUAGUAUUUUUAAAGCAGAAAAAUUAAUUAGAAAUAUUGAAUUUCAAAAAGAAUUAAAGUUAUUUCCUCAAAUAGAGACAGUUAGAAUUGAUGAAAAUUUAUUAAUAAUGUUUAAAAAAUAUAUUCAAGAUAAAUUUAAACAAAUUAUUAUUACAUCAAUUACAAUUCCAUCAUUAUUAAGUGAAAUUGAAAAUAAAGUUAUAGAAUUAACAAUUAAUAACAAUUUUCAAUUAUUUAAUUUAAAUAAAUUUAUAAAACUUAAAAAACUAAAUAUUAUUUGUAAUGAUAUUAAUGAAGAAAUUAUUAAUACAUUAAAUAAUAUUAAAACAUUAAAAUUUAUUAGUAUUCAUUAUUAUAAAACAGUAAAUAAUAAAAUAAUAAAUAUUAUUUCAAAAUGUAAAAUAGAUAAAAUUAUUGUUUAUUGUACUCAAAUAGAUUCAAAUAUAUUGAAUAAAUUAAUUCUUCCUAAACAUACAAAUGAAAUAAUUUUUUGUAAUUAUCAAUAUAUUGUUGGAAUGGAUCCAAAAAUUUAUGUAAAUUAUUUUGGUAAUUAUGAAAUAGUAUUUCCAGAGAAAAUAACUGAUAUUAGUAAUUUUAUUAAUAAUUAUUUACCUUCAAAUAUUGUUAUUAAAUCUCAUUGUAAUAUUUUUAAUAAUAAACAUGUUUGUAUUGAUUUUUCAAGUUAUAAUCAUUUUAAAAGUAUUAGAAAUGAUAUUAAUUGGUUAUCAAUAAUUUACCCUAAUCCAAUUUAUUAUGUUAGUGAUAUUUCUGUACCUCAAGUUAAUGUAUCAAAAUUAAUAAUGAACCAUUCUCAUUAUAUUGGAAAAAUACCAAAUUCUGUUACUUGGCUUUCAUUAAAUAAUUCAAAUGUUACAUUUUCUAAUCAACCAAAGUUACAAUAUUUGUGUAGUUUCUUCUCAAAAAUAAAUUAUGACAUUAAUACUUUAACUACACUUACAAAAAUUCAUAGUAUUGGUGAUUAUACUAAUUUCUCUAAACUCACUAAUCUUAAAGAACUAACUACUAAUGAAUUUAUUAAUACCUCUCUUGUUCUAUUUCCAUCUAGUUUAACUAAAUUAAAAUUUGAAUCUACCCGUUCUAUUUGUUGUUCUUCAUUUAUUAAAAAAUUAGUUAUUAGAUCAUCACAAGAAUUCCCUUGUAAAUUAAGUCAAUACACUCAAUUAAUUAAUUUAAAACUUGAUGGUUGUUUUACAUGUAUUGAAUUACCAACUUCCUUAACAUCACUUAAAUUUAACUCACUAAAAUAUAAUAAUAUUAUUGAUCUUUCAUCUAUUCUAAUAGUAACUAUUCAUAUUGUAAACUCUGGUAACUUGUUUAUCACUCUUCCUCAAUGUAUUAAAGAAAUUAAAAUAGAAAAAUCAUCUGUUUCUUUUAUGAAUACUCAAAAUAUAGAUCUUAAUGAAUUUUCAAUGUACGAUUGUGACUGGGUAGAAAUAGACAACCCAUUUCAUUCAAUCCUGAAACAAAACAUUUUUAUGAAAACAAAUAAACCAAUUAUUUAUAUGGAUUGUAUUACCGACAAACUAUUUACUGAAAACUUAAUUUCUUCUAAUGAAACUAGUGAAUAUUUUAAUACAAGCGAUUCAUAUGGCUCAGUGAGCUUUGAAAGUGAAGCAUCAGAAAUAUAUAGAGAUGAAUAA